UAGAUGAGUUGAAAAAAGAAGCAAGAUAAAACCAUUUAGGAAUAUCACAUUUAAAACAGAUUACUGAUAAAGCAACUGAAAAACGUUUUGAGUUUUAGUUAAAAUUUAAUAGUCUCAAUGGCUGAGGGGUGCAGAACUGGUAUGGUCCGAGCGCGUUCAGCUAAUACCUGACGGGCAUCUACGGGGUUGGAUGCGUCAUGCUUUCCAUUGGGAAAGAGCUGGGACUCUUCAAGGUCAUCUGUGAAACACUUGGGCAUUCAAGAUUGUAGGGCAUCGCUGGAAAAUUUAAACUCAAACCAAGGUAUACGAAAGAAUGGCUGUCGACAAUGGUAGCAGCCGGUAAUCUGCACCUUAACAGGGAUUCGCGCCUUUACAUCGUGCUCGAAGGUCACAAGCCCUCCCUACUAAAAACAAGGGGAUUCGCACCCAUCAUGAUAAGCCUCGCCGCCAGGGCCGACCUCACCAACAGAGAAUGGUAUCAAAGUGCUUGAUCUUGGCUAUUAGCCUGGGAAUUUUAUAAACAUUUUUGCACAGCGAUUUCCCAAUACCAAUUUCGUUCGGCUCGACUUCUCGGACAUCGCUAUAGAAAUGGCCAACAGAGACAAUGCCGAUCGUGGUUUUAUCCAACGUGACUUGAUGGGUGACGCACAUAAACUGCCGGAAGAAUGGGCGGCCGACUUCGAUAUGGUGUUCGUAUAUGACAUAUACCGGACCCACACAAAGUAUUAAAACAGAUCCAUCGAAUAUUGAAAUCAAAUGGAUUUCCCAGCCUGAUCGAUUUCGGUUUUCAUAGCGACACGGUAGACUCCGCUGGCGACAAGACGGCCGCCCUGUUCUAAAACUGCAUCAUGUUUAUAUGUCUGAUCAACACGACUGAUCUACACGACUUACCGGACCCACACAAAGUGUUAAAAACAGAUCCAUCGAAUAUUGAAAAUAUAUAAUAUUGACCCGAUAGACAAGGCUGGUGACCUGACGGUCGCCAUGUACUACAGCUGUUGUGUUUUCAGAGUAUUGGCCUCUUGUAUGACUGUGGAAUUAUGGGUCGGCUUCGGCGCAUGUUGGGGCCACGAGGAGAUUCAGAAGGUGUUUCUGGGAGCUGGCCUCCAAAUCAAUGGCGUGUCUUCGCUAAUCGUGUCCCGUGUGUCCAACUAGUUUUCUAAGCACACCAAUGUUGGAACUGUGCAUGUCCAGAGACGACAUCUAUAGUUUGUAUUCAGGGCCUGUAUUCAAGCACAAUAUAUAGUAUUCAGGACAUGUAUUCAAACAAAAUAAUUUUACUGGCUUUUUGGAAGUUGACUUGAACACUAGAACUCCCGGAAAUGGAUCAAUCGCCUGUUUAGAGCGCCAAUCCUAGUCUUACUAAUAGUAUGAUAACAAUAUUGACGAGUUUUAAAGGCUCACAGUAAAAGGAUCAAUGGCUGAGGAGAACAAAUCUGGUAUGGACCCGAUCACGUUCAGCAAAUACCUAGGGGGCAUCUAUGGUGGUGGAGGCGUCAUGAUUUCCGUCGCCAUUGGGCAUGAGCUUGGACUAUUCAAAGCCGUCUGUAAAGAGCCGGGGCCAUUCAGUUUAGAAGCCAUCGCCGGAAAACUUAAAUUCAAACCAAGAUAUACUAAGGAAUGGCUGUCGACAAUGGUAGCAGCUGGUAUUCUGCACCAAGACCGUGAUUCGCGGCUCUACACCGUUCCCGAUGGUCACAAGCCCGCUCUGUUGAGAGACACGGGACUCGCACCAGUCCUUUUUGCCCUCGCUGCCAGGGCCGACCUGAUCAAAAAGUGUUUCCAAGAGGAUGGACCUUACGGCGUAAGUUUUGCAGACGGCCCUGAGUGGUUGAAGUGGUUCAACGGCUACCGGAACCAGUCAGCCGAACACACCGUGAACAGCGAGAUUGUACCUACGUGGAAAAAGCAGUCAGACAUAAUUCCCCGUCUAGAGAAAGGCAUCAAGGUGCUAGAUCUCGGCUGUGGGCCAGGGAAUUUAACCAACAUUCUUGCACAGCGAUUUCCCAAAUCCACUUUCUUUGGGCUCGACCCCUCGGACGACGCUUUAGAAAUAGCCAAAAGAGACACGGCUGAUCGAAGCUUAUCCAACGUGACUUAUGAGAAAGGUGACGCACAUAAACUACCGGAACACUGGACUGCGAACUUCGAUAUGGUGCUCGUAUUUGACGUUCUACACGACUUACCGAACCCGAAGAAAGCAUUGGAACAGAUUCGUAGAGCUCUGAAGCCUGACGGAUUCCUCAGCCUGGUCGAUUUCGGUUUUCAUAGCGACCCGGUAGACAACGCUGGUGACAUGAUGGCCGCAUUUAGUUACAGCGUCAGUAAUUUUAUGUGUCUGGCCAACAGCAUGUUAGAGGAGCCGCACACCGGCUACGGCGCAUGUUGGGGCCGCGAGGAGAUUCAGAAGACAGUACUUGAAGCUGGAUUCAAAAUGAACAGCGAGUCUUCACUCGUUAUUGUGAAAUCAAAGUGUUUCUUCUAUUGUACCAAAUGAUAAACAAAACUUUUAAAGGGAUUCCAUUUCCUAAAUUGUACAUGUUCGUGUUGAAAGAUUUGUUUUUAAAUGGAAAUGGUUGUUAAACAUUCUUCGCUCUCGUUAUCAACGCCAUUAUUAUAAUAAAUAUAUAUGAGUAUUCGAA